AGGCAUACACAGGAAGAUACAUUCACAGAAAGAGCUUCCUGCACAAAGCAAGCCACCAGCGCAACAUGACAGCGAAGACCCUGCAUGGCCCAGCCAUGGUCAAGUACUUGCUGCUGUCGAUAUUGGGGCUUGCCUUUCUGAGUGAGGCGGCAGCUUGGAAAAUCCCCAAAAUAGGACAUACUUUUUUCCAAAAGCCUGAGAGUUGCCCGCCUGUGCCAGGAGGUAGUAUGAAGCUUGACAUUGGCAUCAUCAAUGAAAACCAGCGUGUUUCCAUGUCACGUAACAUCGAGAGCCGCUCCACCUCCCCCUGGAAUUACACUGUCACUUGGGACCCCAACCGGUACCCCUCGGAAGUUGUACAGGCCCAGUGUAGGAACUUGGGCUGCAUCAAUGCUCAAGGAAAGGAAGAUAUCUCCAUGAAUUCUGUUCCCAUCCAGCAAGAGACCCUGGUCCUCCGGAGGAAGCACCAAGGCUGCUCUGUUUCUUUCCAGUUGGAGAAGGUGCUGGUGACUGUGGGCUGCACCUGCGUCACCCCUGUCAUCCACCAUGUGCAGUGAGAGGUGCACAUCCACUCAGCUGAAGAAGCUAUAGAAAUGCCACUCCUUACCCAGUGCUCUGCAAGAAGUCCUGUCUGACCCCCAGUUCCCUCCACUUCACAGGACUCUUAAUAAGACCUGCAUGGAUGGAAACAGAAAAUAUUCACAAUGUAUGUGUGUAUGUACUACACUUUAUAUUUGAUAUCUAAAAUGUUAGGAGAAAAAUUAAUAUAUUCAGUGCUAAUAUAAUAAAGUAUUAAUAAUUUAAAAA